UGUGGAUAAGGAAAUUGCGAUAAGGCUAAGUGGUCACUGUGAAGCGACAGAGUUAAAGUGGGAAUCAAACCCAGGUUGAGCUGCCUCUUGAGGUCAUGCUCUUCCUAAUCAGAUAGGCUGCUCUUUUAAUAGAGCGGUGAAAAAUCACUAAAAAAUAUUGUACUUUCUUCUAAAGUAAACUAAUUCUUUGUUUUGGAGUCAUGAGAAUAAUGUAGUAUUUAACAUUUACAAUUCUAUGAAUUGAUUUGCAAUUUUUGAAAAGGUACACUGUAAUUUCUUGACAAGUCCUUUCACACUCACAGAACUGCUCUCCACUUGGCCUGUGCCAUUGGCCGUGAAGAUAUGGUGAAGCUCCUGGUAGAUCGGCACUGCCAGCUUAACCUCUGUGAUGGCGAAGACAGGACAGCUCUCGUGAAGGCUAUACAAUGCCAAGAAGAGGCAUGUGUAACUCUUCUCCUGGAACACGGUGCUGAUCCUAAAGUGAAAGACAACAAGGGCAACACAGCUCUCCAUUAUGCAGCCCACGAAGGGAUUGUCUCAAUAGCAGAGAAGCUGCUUUUACAAAACGCAAAUAUAGAGGCCAAAAACACGGAUGGCCUCACACCAGUUUUAGUUGCUCUAAAUGAAAACAAAGAGCAAAUGGUGAAAUUUUUAGUAGGAAAAGGAGCACGUCUACUUUCAGGGGAUACGGUUAAAAGCAGUGACCAACUAAUUUCUGAACAUGAAGAAGAAAUGAAACCUGAAAAUUCUUCACAGAAUCAUGAUCUAGUGGCUAAGAAGUCUGAAGAAGUCUCUUUAAGCAGUCGUACCUGCAAAGCUGAUACUGAUGAUUCAAGGCCUUCAAAACAUGAGGACUUAAGUUCCGGUACCAAGACUGUCCCGAAACUAAACUUAAGAAAGCAAAUGGCUGCUUUUCUUGCGACCCAAGAGUAA